AUGGCGGAUGAUGGUAGUGCCGGCAAGCUCUUCGGCAGGGAAAAGAUCACGGACGCCACCGUGGCCUUGUUCACCGAGUCCGCCAACAAGCUCCCUGACGAGAGGUUCAUCCGAACCAAGGAGGUCCAGGCAGCUGGUGCGGUCGUCGUCGGUGAGGAUGAGAUGCUGGAGCUGCCGGUGGUCGACAUGGCGAGCUUGGUCGAUCCGGACUCGUCGGCGUCGGAGACGGCAAAGCUGGGCUCCGCGUGCAGAGAGUGGGGAUUCUUUCAGCUCAUAAACCAUGGGGUGGAGGAAGCAGCGAUACAGCAGAUGAAGGAGAGCGCUGCACAGUUGUUCAGCUCGCCACUAGAGAGCAAGAACACGGUGGCCGUCCGAGACGGAUUCCAAGGAUUCGGCCAACACUUGAACGGGGGUUCCAGCGAGAAGCUGGACUGGGCGGAGUGCCUACUCCUCAUCACGCAGCCAGUCCAAGAUAGGAACAUGGAUUUGUGGCCGGAGACGAACCCACCCACGUUCAGGUACUCCGUGGAGACAACAAAUCUCGCAAGGCGCCUUCUGGGCUUCAUGGCGACCGACCUCGGUGUCAGCCAAGCGGCGCUCCUAGGCGCCUUCUUCGCCGGGACUGGGAACGAGAAGGGGCAGAGCAUGUCCAUGCACCACUACCCUCCGUGCCGGCACCCGGACAAGGUGCUGGGCAUCGCGCCGCACACCGACACCCAGGCCCUCACCUUCCUGCUGCACGUCGACCACACGCCGGGGCUCCAGGUCAGGAGGGGCGGCAGGUGGUUCCCCGUGCAGCCGCUGCCGGGCGCCCUCGUCGUCAACGUGGGCGACGUCCUCGACGUGCUCACCAACGGCGCCUACGUCAGCGUCGAGCACCGGGUGGUCCCGGACGCCGAGAGGGGCCGAACCACCGUCGCCAUGUUCCAUGAUGCAUGUGUCCAAGGGCUGGUGGCGCCGCUCCCGGAGCUCCUCCUCGGGGGAGGCGACGCACGGGCACAGGCACGCUACAGAUCCAUCCCAAAGCUCGACUACCUCAAUGGCAGCGUCAUAGCAUUGGCCCAAGGGAGACGGUUUCUUGACAGCCUCAUCAAAAAGUAA